AUGAGACAACAGAAAGUUCUUGGCGAACCUGUUGGAUUUGGUGGCAGAGAUACACAGGGUAUCGGAGGACUAGCGGAGUUUCAAUACAAAGUAGUGGAGUCCGAUUAUUGCAAGUACUAUGGGAAGUGUAAGGAAUUUGGCAACCGGUGCACAUGGUUGAUUCGGAUCAGUCUCCGCCAGCAUAGAGGUAUUUGGGAGGUAAAACGGUAUAAUGGACCUCAUACUUGUCUGGCCAUGUCGAUAUCGAGUGAUCACAGGAGUCUUGAUUAUCAUGUGAUCUCGACAUUCAUACUGCAAAUGGUUAGAGCUGAUGCUGCCGUUUGUAUCAAGGUACUGCUGAAUGCGAUAGAGGCACAUUUCGGUUUUAGACCGACUUACAGGAGGGUUUGGUUGGCUAAGAAGAAGUCCGUGGCACAAAUUUACAGAGAUUGGGAUGACUCAUACAAUGAGUUACCGCGAUGGGUACUAGGUGUGCAGAUGACGAUGCCGGAUAGUGUUGCAGUGUUGAGGACGAGUCCUGUGCGAGUGGGUGGGCAAGUGGAGCAAUCGAAUGCCUAUUUCCACCAGCUUUUUUGGACAUUCCCACCGUGUAUUGAUGCCUUCCAACAUUGCAAGCCGUUGGUCAGUACUGACGGGACCCACUUGUACGGCAAAUACGGGGGUACAUUGCUCGUUGCGAUUGCUCAGGACGGAAACUCCAACAUGCUGCCUGUUGCAUUUGCACUUGUAGAGGGUGAGAAUGCUGAGUCGUGCUCAUUUUUUCUAUCCCACCUCCGCUAG